AUGUUUCUCGUAACAAAUAUGAAAUUUAAUAUUCAACCAUACGCGGUAUUAAUUAAACACAUCAACAUUCAAUCAGAUAUAAUUCAAUCAUCUCUAGGUAUUUGGUCAAACAUUAUGAACUUCACUGGGUUCCCUCCAGAAAUCCAGAGAUUAAUUUUCCAAUAUUCAUACCCAUCAGAUCUUUUGAAUAUUGUUCAAAAUGUUCCAGAAUUGAAACAUUUAAUCACUUCAGAUGCUUUCAAGAUUGUGACCAAUGAUGUACCAAACCUAAAAUUGAAAUAUGGUUUAUCUGAUGAUUUCUUCUUGGAUUAUAAAUGCAGUAUGGAAAUUAAAAACAUUGAAAGUGAGGCUGAUUAUUUUGAGUAUAAUAGAUUGAGCAGAGAUUAUUUCAUAAAGGAACGAAACAAUAGAGUCUUAGAUCCAUCUUUAUUAAAAGGGUUUAAAGGUGCUAUACUUAUUGAGAUUUAUGAUGUUAGAACAAUGUUGAACAAAUUUGAUUAUCAUCUGUUAAAACAUGAUCCCAUUGAAAUUUAUUGGCAUAGUUCAAGAGUCGAUUUUGAUUUUUUCACUAAUAUGUUUGGAACUUCAGGUCAAAGAUUGAAAAAAAUUAAUAUACUUCUUAGAACUGAAAAUGAAUUUGAUAAAAAGCUAAAAGAUAAAGAUCAUGAGAAAGCACAAAAUGAUCAACCAUAUGAAGUAUAUGACGUUUCAGAUAUUCCACGAGGUAUUCCUUCCAAUGUAUUACAAAUACCAUUUGCCAAAUCUCUUUAUCUUGAUGAACUUGAAGGUUAUUCAAUUCCAGGUAUUAGAGCUACUGUGCCAGAUUUAGAAAAAAUAAAUAUUACUUUUGAUCAUGAAUUUUGUUACGAUCCUAACAUUUACCUUGAUGAAGAAGAUUAUGAAUUCAAUAGGGUACUGGGAUUUUUAGAAGAUGGCCGUAAAAAAUCUAAACUGACUGAAUUUUUUGAAACCAAUAUGGAGAGACCAUUGGAUUUUUUGAAAUACUUUCAAUUGAAAUAUUUCCAUAAUAAAAAGUUCAAAUUAUUUGAUAAUUUACAAGUAUCAAACCUUGAGAAAUUGGUUAUUGAUUCUUCAUCAAUUCAUUCAAUUAAUAACUUGGAUUUACCAAAACUUAGGAGCUUGGAUAUUAAGAACAGUGCAAUUUAUGAAAUUUCAAAUUUGAAAUUAGAUUCAAUAAUUAAUGUUUCAAUUGAUCUUUCUUCACCACAUCAUGUUUUAAAAAAGAAACAAAUGAAACACAUAAAUUUCACGAUUGAAAACAUACAAUCAUCAACCUUAGAAAAUUUCAAUCUUACAAGUUCAUUCAAAAUUAAUAAGAUUUCAAACUUGGGAUUCCCUUCUUUAAAAGCUGCUAAAAUUAAUUCCACUACAUUUUCUUAUUCACAUUUAGAUACAUUUGGCAAUAUUUUGAAAACUUCUGAUAAACUUGAAACAAUUAUCCUUACCAACACUAUAGAAAUAUUGAAAUCUGAAAUGACAUUUCCAAAAGUUAAAACUCUUUCCAUUAAGGAUAGUAAUGAACUUGGAAAAUUUGAUAUUUCUAAUAUAGAAUCAUCAUUCCCUGAAUUGGAGAAUUUAAAGAUAGAGGGUAUACCACUUGAUGAUUUAUAUCACUUGUUCCACAUUCCUUCCAACUUACAAACCAUAAAUAUAUCAUCAUGUCCAGAUUUCAACAUUUCCAAAAUUGGAUCACAAAAUUCAUUAAGGUCAUUAGUUUUAAAAAAUAUGAAAUCAAUAUCUGGGUUUAGUGGGAUUUCUUUACCUUUGUUAACAAAAUUAGAAAUAGAAACUAGUGGAAAAAAUCAUCAUCUGAUUCAAAAUUGUUCAUUCAAAAUUUUGAAAGCUUUGAAAAUUGCUACAAAAUUUACUUCCCCUAUGACUUAUGAUGAAUUUUUAACUUUUUUGAAUAACGAUAUCCCACAACUUGAAAAUUUAGUCAUAUCAGGUUAUACUAUAACCAAUCAUUUUUCCACUGAACCAUAUCCUUUAUUAGUACACCUCAAAAUUGAUAGAAUCGAAUCAAUAGAAAUUUCACCAAGUCAAACAUUGAAAUCAUUAAAUCUUUCUCAAAAUUUCACCACAAUAGAUCUAAACAAAAGUGAUGAAUUACCUAACCUAAAAGAAUAUAAAGAACCUAAAAAGAAGGAAACUUUGGGAUCCGUUCUUAAAAAGAAGAAAGUUUAUGAAGAAGAACUCGAUAAUAUGCUCAAGGCUUUGGAAAGGGAGAAGAAGGAACUUGAUCGUUUGCAAAAUUUACUAAAGAUGAAAAGGGAUAAAUAA